AUGGCCCCUCGCAAGAGCAAACAGCUUUUGCACUUGAACAUGUCGGAGAACGACGCGCGCGCGAUGCUCAUUGGCAAAGACGGCUCGCUGACGCGCGACUUUGAGGCGGUGCUCACGCAGCUCUUUAUCUCGUUCCUCGAGAAGCCGACGGACCGAAGUCUGACGCUCGACAAGCUGCGGGACUUUAGCCGGAAGUGCAACAACGGUCGGGCGUUCUCGGACGACGAGAUCAAGGAGAUCCAGACGUACUUCCAAUGCGACGAGAACAAGGGGCUGACGCUCAAGGGCUUCAAAGACAUGUACCAUACGCAGUCUAGCGCUGAACCGCUCGAGACGUGGCGAGACCUGCAGAAACUCGGCUUUGAGAAGGCGAUGCGUGAGAGGUGCGAGGCGUCUUUGCGCUGUCGCGUGUGCAAGGAGCCGUCCACGCUCGUGUGCUCGCGCUGCAAGACUGUACGAUACUGUGGCAUUGAUUGCCAGAAACAAGGGUGGAAGUCUUCGCACAAGGACAGAUGCAAGCCGCCCAUGGUCUAG